GCCUGGCCCAAAUACUGACUUUUAUUAAACAUUUUAAUGCACCUACUGAAAUGAUAUCGUGCUCUCCUAGCAUAUCAUAUUAAUGUAGUAAAUUGAAGUGAUUUCUUUUCCUUUUUUUUGACCCUGACAUGAUUCAGAAUGAGGUGAUGUUUUGAAGUUUAACCGAACUCUCCUGCAUUUUGGAAAUGAACGCCACUCGUUUGGGAUGUGUUGUUUUCCUAUCAGAAAAGCAUGGACCUCACUCACUAAAAUGGGCAGUGUUCCCUCUUGUUCUGUGCUCUGAGAGAAUAGCAUAGAAUCUUUUUGGGGUAAAAUUAGAGUUCCAUCUUUCUUUAAUGUCUGGUGUAAUUCAUCCAUAAAGUUGUCCAAGUCUGAUGUUUUGGUUGAUUUGUUUUUCUUCAAUUAUGCCAGUAGUGCGAUAAAUACAUAUCUCUUCUAUUUCUACCUUGCAGUCUUUAAGAAUCCACUAAUUGCUGAAACAAAUCAGGGAAGCGUCAAAAUUGAGUCUCUGAGAAAGCUUGAUAAGAAUGGCUUCAGGUUCCAGAAACUCAUUUCAAAAAUGUGAACCGACUGGGAAUGAUCUUGGAUCAGAAAAUCUAGAGUUUAAACCAACUGAAAGACUUGUCCAGAAUGAAGAAGGGAUUUCUAAGUUCUCAAGUACUCAACUAGACUCGUUUCAAAACAGCAAUAACUCACUUGCAAGGCAGGAGUUGAAAAGACUGUAUGAAUUUUUUCACUCCUGGCUGCAACCAGAAAAGCACAGCAAGGAUGAAAUUAUUUCUCAAUUGGUCCUGGAGCAGCUUGUAAUGAGUGGGCACUGCAAUGACCGGUCCAUACUGAAAGAGAAAUGGGAAUCGAGUGGCAGAGACCGGGAGAAAUUCAUGGAAGGAAUGACCGAUGAUUGUCUGAAGUCACCUGUCUUAGUCCACGUCUGCAUGCAGGGACAGGAAGCUCUCUUUUCUGAGAAUAUGCCCUUGAAAGAAGUCAUUGUUCAUCUUACAAAACAGUUGUCAGCGGGAGCCCCGACAGAAGAGAACAUGGGAUCACACUUCCAGACUCCCCAUGGUACAGGACAAGGACAAGAAGAUAAAGAAGACGGCUGCAAUGUGUCUAUGAAAACUACUCAAGUAAAUGACAGUAUUGCUAGUCAAGGCAAUCGAAUAUCCUCCUUACUCAUCAUCCAGAAAGAGAGCGGUCCCAGGCCUGCAGGGGAAGGUGUUUCUUGUGAAAACCCGCACAACUUCAGAAGAGAAGGGCGAGGCAUCUCCACGCCCCGGAAGGGGCCCCCUUAUGAAGACGGCCCUGUGGAUGCGGGGCCGGGGUCUCUCCCCAAGCCAAGCCAGGCCUCCCCCGAGCCUGCUGCUGGCGACCAGGGCGACGAGGGCGACACCACACGUCGGGUACACCAAGAAAGAGUACAGGGGGCUCCAAAGUCACACCAAUGUGAGAAAUGUCCUAAGACCUUUAAAUAUCUCUGUCACUUCUUAGCCCACCAAAGAAGACACAAAAAUGAGAGGCCAUUUGUUUGUUCUGAGUGUCAGAAAGGCUUCUUCCAGGUGUCGGACCUGCGUGUGCAUCAGAAAAUUCACACGGGAGAGAAGCCUUUUGCCUGCAGCGUGUGUCAGAAGUCCUUCAGCCACAAAACCAACCUGCGCGCUCAUGUGAGAAUCCACACAGGAGAGAAGCCCUACGCGUGUUCCCUCUGCCACAGAAGCUACCGCCAGUCGUCCACGUACCACCGCCACAUGAGGACGCACGAGAAAGUCACCCUGAAAAACGUUCCCUCCCCGCCAGAAGCUUCCUAAGCUACUGCCCGGUGUGAUGCGUAUAAAUAUGCAUGCAAGCGUGUGUUCCGUGGUGCUUACCUGCUUAGAACAUAAGGUAUAAUUUCCUGAUUAUGCUUGCCACUUAUUGUCUCAUUCUACUGAGACGUAAGGCUAAUGAGGGCAUGGAGUUUGUCAGUUUUGUUCACUAAAGUAUCUCCCCAAGUGCUUAGAAAAGUGGCUGACACAUUUCCAGUGGCCAAUAAAUAUCUGUUGAAUAAAGGAAUGAAUCUAUGUUGAUGUUUAUUCCUUAAAAUCCAGGAAUGUGGCCAGGUGCCCGUGGCUCAUAUCUGUAAUCCCAGCACUUUGGGAGGCCAAAGUGAGAGGAUCAAG